AUGUCUUUUGUGAAGAAUUUUCUGUUUGGUGGAGGCCGGGAAUCGGAGGACCCAACUGGGUUGAGCGGUGCUGAUUUUACGAGCAAUGCACCAGACCCGCUCGUCGAGGGUAUCUUCUACCCAAGAACGCUUUACAAGUUUAAUGGACACGAUGACGAAAGGAUAUUCAUAGCAAUCAAGGGCAGGGUGUAUGACUGUACGGCUGGGAGAUCCUUUUACGGGCCAAGUGGGCCUUACAACAAUUUUGCCGGGAAGGAUGCCUCCAGAGGGCUUGCGAAGAACUCGUUUGAUUUCGAAAUGGUCAGAGAGUGGAACGAACCAAUGGACGAUCUCAUAGACUUGACGGAGAAGGAACAAACGGCUUUGCAGAAUUGGCUGGAGUAUUUCGAAAGAAAGUAUCCUUGCAUUGGCACUUUAGAACCGGAACCAGGUAUCAAUGAAUGA